AAAAUUAUGCAUUAUGACUUAGUGAUCUUUUUAGAGCAAUGACAAUAAAUGAUAUAGAUCUAGUACGGGAAACUUAUUACUAUAAGAAAUAAUACUUUUAUGUUUAUCUGUUGAUGAUUAAGACUACAGUUAGAUCUAUACAUUUCUAACGAAUUUUGAGCGCUCUCUAUUUUCGUAAAAUCACACCACGAAGAGAAAGAAUUUUAUGAAGCUGACACAGAUCAGUGUCCCUUUCUCUUUCGCCGUAAGGUCUUCUGAGUGGAGUCUACUGUCUACCAGAGAUUUUUUGGCGUGUGUUUUAUGAUCAGAUAAGACUAAUGUCUGUGUUUAUAACUCUUACCACUACCUCUGGCUCCACCUCUCUUGGAGGGAGGAUAGGUCGAGUGUAACUAGAUCACGAACGUCUUUGUUAAACGUUACGUAGCACCUGUUAAACUAUCAUGUUUCACAAUCUGAAAUUUACUUUGCGUAGAGUGGGGAACAAAAGCCAAUGUAUAAAGAAACAGUUCUUUACUGACUUGCUGAGUAACUUGCAAGAAGCCAAGGAUAAAUUACAACUGUCACUGGAUGAAUCCGAAGUACUGAAACAAACUAAUGCUUCUCUUCACUUAGAAUGUAGUAACUUGCAAGAGUCAAUAAAAAAGUAUCAAAGUAAAGUGGAAGCAAUGAAAGUACUUGAUAAUGAGCUAGAAAGUUUGAGAGAGCAACUAUUUUGUAAAGAGAAGGCACUGGAAGAUGCUAUGAUCAACCAUGAUGUUGCUUUGAAUGAUUUGAAACAAAAUUUUGAAAAAGAAAAAAAAGAGUUGUUAACUCGGCUCAGCACAGAAUUUGCAGAAGAACUUGCUAAAGUCAACAGUGAGCUAAAUGAAGAAAAAGAAGCCAAGGGGAAGCUACUGAGUCAGUUGGAGACAUCAGAAAUGGAGAGGAAGAAUGAGAUCUCUAGGAUUAAUUGGGAGUAUGAAGCCAAAUUAACAGAGAUUCAACGCCAAAAGGUACAGAUGGUGCAACAACAGCAUGAUGGUUUUAGCAAAGAUCUAAUUAGAACUAAGAUGCAGCACAUGAAAGAAAGUUAUGAACAGGAAUUAGCAUUGCUAAAAAACAAUAUUGUGACCUUGCAAACACAAUUAGACAAUUUGCAACAAGCAUCCCAUGUUCAACAUAAAGUAACUAGCUCAAACCUGCUACUUCAAGAAUAUCCUCCUGUAAAAAGCCCCAUGUCUGAAAACAGAAAGGUCUUUCUUCAAAAUAAGAGAAGAAUUAAAAAGCUAUAGGACAUCAAAUACUUAUUCUUUAAAAUGUACACAUUUUUUGUGUGUGAUUUUGACUUUUAUUGUGAAACUGUUGGAGGUGAAUUAAAGUUGUAUUUCAUUCUUGAUUUCAAUUUCAAAGUUUGAAUUGUUUGUGUAAUUAUGUAGCUUUUUAUCUUCCUAAUAAAAUCUUACAAAUUACCUUU